UCAAAAGGUGAGAGAAACCAAACAGGUUGGACCGAACACAUCAAUGGCCCCUCCUGAUACAAAUUCAGCAGUCUUGAAAGCGAAUCCUUCAUGUCUCAUCUUCCUUUCGCUUCUUCCCACACUUUUCACGCCGUGAGUGUAAAGAGGAGCGACAAAAACUUUUACGGCGCGACAAGACGCAACAUGACGCUGACAUUCCUUUGGGGUGAACAAUUGAUGCGGAGUUAGACAACUUCAGCGUCAAGAGUUUUCAUAAAAAAAGGGGAAAUCAGUGUUAGGGGGCAGAGAGGCGAUGCGCGGGCCACUGUGGAGCACAGGACUACUGCUCAGCUUCUUCUUCACCUGCUGCAACGCUUGGGACGUGGAGUGCGUGCUGGGCAUUGUGGGCCAGCCGCUGCGGCUUUCCUGCUUUUACCCGGAAGCCCUCACCUUGGCCAAUGUCUCUGUUGAGUGGAGGAGGAAUGAGAAUAAGGUGGUUGGAGACGACGAUGACAACGACGACGCUCUCACCGGCAAUUUCACACUAAGCCUGCCCACCGUGGACCCACAGGAAGACAAUGCAUCCUAUAGUGUCAUUAUUAGCGCUCGGGAAAACCGCAGCCUGGAGGCCUGCUCGCUCUGUGUCAAGGUCGCUGCUCCAUUUAGCGCUCCCGAGCUGCGGUGGGAGGCGGCGGUGGAAAAUGUCCCCAGUGUCUUCCAGUGCGAUUCGGGCGGCGGUUUCCCCAAGCCGGUUGUGGACUGGCUGAUUGACGACGGGGCCCAGGAAAUCCCAGAGGGCUCGGUACAGACCCAGGUGGAGCUGCGGGAAGACUCUCGCCUCUACCACGUCACCAGCUACUUGUCCGUCAACGUGACGGACAACAACGUGUCCUGCGUGGUUCACAACACGCUACUCAACCAGACCCUAACCUCCACCACACGUAUGUGGGAUGUCACUGCAGGGGAUGCGGUGUGGCAUGGCCCCGUGGUGACCCGGGCCAAAGACGCCCUGUGGGUAUUCAGCACGGCUCUGUGCGUUGUGGUGGGUAUCAUGGUGGCCGUGGGCUUGGGCUACCAAAUCCACCUGGACCGGGUGAGCAAGAGGAAGAAGAUACAACACCGGAGCAGAAGGGACAGAGCGCCAUCUGCAGGUUACCACAGGAGACGUCAGCAAUCCGAGGAAACGGAAGUGGUCACGUUGCAUUCGUGGGAGUCCAACGUCUAAUCGUCCAACUUUGAAAUGUUCCUUCUGCACGUGAUCGAUAUUGAACCGCAAGUUGGCUAUUUUAAUUUGAAACAGACAUUUCAUACUCGGAAGCACCUUCCUGGAAAGUUAGAAAAAGAAAUUGACAUGUCAAAAACAAUAUGUACAAAAAGCUCUCAAGGACUCACGGAGAAGAUUGAAAAGGAAACGGAAGAAAGGAAUUUGCCUAAACCAUAAAUAAGGUGUAAUUUUUUUAAUGGAGGAUUCACCAUGAAAAAGGAGAUGUGACGAUUUGUUCAUCACUGCUCGAAUGUUUUAAUGAAUUCUUGGCACUUUAGCUUUGGAGCUCUCAGUUUUUUUCCAAUAAAUUCAUUUUUUUCA